AUGGACUACACUUACUUUGGCGCUUCACAACAGCCCUACGACCAUUUCUUGGGUAUGAAUUCGCACUCUUUUGCCCACGCCGGAGCGGAGCCGGAUACUACGCGGAGUAUUGAACAGCUCGACCCCAUCUUAUUCCCAGCAGCUGCAGCAUCCUACGAUGCUGCAUCGUUUGGUUUCAACAACGGUCUGCCGACGCCCCAGCAGGGCUCUCCGGAUAACGUGGCCGCACACACACCCAUGCCUGUCGGCAGCGUAGACUCGGGCAUUGGUGCCGAGUUUGACGAUGGCCGGGGGAGCCGCACCCGCAGCAGCAGCGAGGAGAAGGAUAACCUGACGCCUGCGCAGAGCAGGCGCAAGGCCCAAAAUAGGGCGGCUCAGCGCGCCUUCCGCGAGCGCAAAGAACGCCAUGUCAAGGAACUCGAGACGAAGCUCUCCGCCCUAGAAUCAAGCACACAUUCACUGCAAUCCGACAACGAACGCCUGAAAGCCGCCCUCGCACGCGCGCGCACGGAAAACGAGAUCCUCCGUGCGACAAGCGGUCACUCGCCCGCUGCAUCGCGCCCCGUCUCGGCCAGCUACCCCUCGCCCGGCGCCCACCUGCCCUCGCUGUCCGACGAAGACGAGGAAAUGCACGAUGACUACACGAUCCAGUCGCUCACCAACGGCAGCGUGCUCAACGCCGCGGAUAAAGAACAUUCGCGCCACAGGGCAAAGGGCAAAGAGGUGCCCGCUAACCAGGCUUGGGACGUCAUACAGGAGCAUCCGCUUGUCAAGCAAGGACUUGUUGAUGUGGCUGAUGUGUGUGAGCGGCUCAAGGGGUCGGCCAAAUGCGAUGGCCAUGGGCCCGUGUUUGAAGAGAGCGCUAUUUGGCAGGCCGUCGAGGAGUCGAGACGAUGCGGGGGAGAUGAACUUAUUUGA